CACACUUGUUCAUCACAGCUUCCGUGGCUAACUAAACAUGGCAGCGUUCCACCCAGCCAAGACGCUCUCCUUCUUCCUCCUGCUCUCGUUCUUAUUCCUUGCCCGCUCCGACUCUCCGCCCGCCACGCCGGUGCCGCCGUCGACGGCGUGCAACGAGACAACAGACCCUACAUUCUGCCGGUCCGUGCUCCCGGCGAACGGCACCAACAACCUCUACACUUACGGCCGCUUCUCCGCCGCCAGGUCCCUCGCCAAUGCCAACAAGUUCCUAGGCCUCGUCAACCGGUACCUAGCCCGCCGCAGCGGCCUCUCCGCCGGCGCGGUCGCCGCGCUGCAGGACUGCCAGCUCCUCUCCGGGCUCAACAUCGACUUCCUGUCCGCCGCCGGCUCCACGCUCAACACGACCAACACGCUCCUUGACCCGCAGGCCGAGGACGUGCAGACGCUCCUGUCGGCGAUACUGACCAACCAGCAGACCUGCGCCGACGGCCUGCAGGCCACCGCGUCGGCGUGGUCCGUGCGCAACGGGCUCGCCGUGCCCAUGGCCAACAGCACCAAGCUCUACAGCAUCUCUCUGUCGCUCUUCACCAGAGCGUGGGUGCCUCCCAGGCACAAGGGGAAGAAGCCGUCGACGAAGCCGCCCCGCCACGGCAGGGGCCUGUUCGACGCCACCGACGACGAGAUGGUGCGCAGGAUGGCCGUCGAGGGGACCGCGGCGGCGGUGUCGGUGGUCAGAGCGGUGACGGUGGACCAGAGCGGUGCGGGCAACUACACCACCGUCGGGGAUGCGGUGGCGGCGGCGCCCACCAAUCUUGACGCGACCAGCGGAUACUUUGUCAUAUACGUGGCCGCGGGAGUCUACGAGGAGAAUGUGGUGGUGCCCAAGAACAAGAAGUAUGUCAUGAUGAUCGGUGACGGCAUCGGCCAGACGGUGAUCACUGGCAAUCGGAGCGUGGUCGACGGCUGGACCACCUUCAACUCCGCCACCUUUGCUGUGCUCGGGCAAGGGUUCGUGGCGGUGAACAUGACAUUCCGCAACACGGCCGGCCCGGCGAAGCACCAGGCGGUGGCGCUCCGGUGCGGCGCGGACCUGUCCACGUUCUACCAGUGCAGCUUUGAGGGGUACCAGGACACGCUCUACACCCACUCCCUCCGCCAGUUCUACCGCGCGUGCGACAUCUACGGCACCGUCGAUUACGUCUUCGGCAACGCCGCCGUCGUCUUCCAGGACUGCACCCUCCACAACCGGCUGCCCAUGGCCGGCCAGAGCAACACCAUGACGGCGCAGGGACGCAGCGACCCGAACCAGAACACGGGCACCAUCAUCCAGGGCUGCUCCAUCGUGGCCGCGCCGGAGCUCGCCGCCAACACCGCCUUCGCCACGACCAACUACCUCGGCAGGCCGUGGAAGCUCUACUCGCGCACGGUGAUCAUGCAGUCCUUCGUGGCGGGCAUCGUCGACCCGGUAGGGUGGAUGCCGUGGGACGGCGACUUCGCACUGAGCACGCUCUACUACGCCGAGUACGACAACUCAGGCCCUGGAUCGGAUACGAGCAGGAGGGUGAACUGGCCAGGGUACCAUGUGCUCAACAGCACCGUGGACGCCGCCAACUUCACCGUCGGCAACAUGGUGAUCGGGGACUUCUGGCUGCCGCAAACCGGCGUGCCUUUCACCAUCGGGCUCAUUUGAUCCAUAAUAAGUCACAUUUUGCUAUAGAUAUGUCAUAUGUGCAUGACUCGGUCCAGAUACUACGUUUUUUUUGCUAACUAGCCAGGUGGCCACCGCAUUGCGAGGGCAUCCACUAAAGUUCAAUCAAUGUAUCCUAAACUUAAAUUUAUGGAAUCUAUAGAUAUUAAAAAUAAAAUUUCUAAACCA